AUGGCAGAGUUGCUGAUGCUGGAAGAUGACAUGCUCUGUGUUCCGCUGAGAAAACCGCUAGUAUCAUUUGAGUAUUGCUGGCGUUAUCGGGGUGAUACACCGUGGCAGUUGCUGAAAGGCUCAGCAGUUGGCUCGACGCUUGAUUUUCUCACAGGCGGUUCACUGUCGAGUUGGCUUGGCUUUCGCCAGUUUUCUCAUGGUGAGUUGGCUGAGAUUGGUGAUUCUUCAAGAGAGCGCCGACCGGCACCUGAAGCACCGCGAAUUUUCGGCUCCGCUGCUACUGCUGGUGGCUUUUUGGGUGGUUUUGGCGUUGCGUUGACGGCCGCUUUUGCGCAAAGCCCAUCGUUAACUUCAGAUCUCUGUCGUCCUUUUGCUGCGCAUUGUAUUGGUUAUCCUGUCGUAACGUUUGGUUUCGGCCUUAAAACUUAUUUUAGACUUUGGCGGGUGAAGAGACGUCAGCGUGAAGUUUCUCGUGCUAAUGAGGUGCACUGGAGGAUUCUGGCUGAGGCAUUACCUUCGAAAUAUGAAGGCCCGAGAGUAUACCAGCGAAGGAGUGACGCGGUGUUGCAAGAGCAGGAGCAGAUAGGUUGGCUUCGUUGUUUGCACUUUUUUUCAUCUUCAUAG